UGCAUGGGAGGCUGAGGAAAGUGAACUGAGUCUCCGGGUGAUGGAGAAACGAAUUUCGCCCGAUACAAACGUGGCCGAUCUGGAGCUAGAGGCCAUCAUCGGCUUCAAUGGACAUGGGCCCACUGGUCUGAAAUGCCAUCCUGACCAGGAGCAUCUGGUUUACCCUCUGGGCUGCACAGAUCUCUUUCAGGCAAUAAAUACUCAAGAACAGAAUUUCCUGCAUGGACACGGCAACAACAUCUCCUGUGUGACCAUCUCCAAGAGUAGGACAUACAUUGCCUCUGGACAAGUCACAUUCAUAGGCUUCAAGGCAGAUAUCAUUUUGUGGGAUUAUAAGAAAAGGGAGCUGAUUGCUCGGCUGUCACUUCACAAGGGCAAAGUUGAAGAUCUGACCUUUUCACCCAAUGAUUUGUACUUGGUAUCACUAGGAGGCCCAGACGACGGAAGUGUGGUGGUGUGGAGCAUAGCCAAGAGAGAAGCCAUCUGCGGCAGUGCUGCCGCGGGCCUCAAUGUCGGAAACACCACAACAGUGAUCUUCUCGAGGUGCCGGGACGAGAUGUUUGUUACUGCUGGCAAUGGAACAAUUCGAGUAUGGGAACUGGAUCUCCCAAAUAGGAAAAUCUGGCCAACUGAGUGCCAAACAGGACAGACGAAAAGAAUUGUCAUGAGUAUUACAAUGGCCAGUGAUGACAGUUUUUUCUACAUUGGCACCACAACUGGAGAUAUUCUGAAAAUGAACCCAAGGACUAAACUGCUGGUAGACACUGGGCCUGCGAAGGACAAAUUCAGUCUGGUGAUGUCAGCUAUCAAGUGCCUGAAGAUGGGGGGUUUGUUAGUGGGUUCUGGAGCCAGACUGCUGGUCUUCUGUAAAAGUCCCACCUACAAAUCCAUAAGGAAAAUCCAGUUACAAGGUGCCAUCACCUCUAUCACUCUUCAAGGGGAAGGACACCUUUUCAUAGGAACAGAAGAAUCCCGGAUUUAUCGUGUCAACUUCACAGAUUUCAAAGAGACUCUCAUUGCAACUUGUCACUUUGAAGCUGUCCGGGACAUUGUCUUUCCAUUUGGCACUGCUGAGCUGUUUGCCACCUGUGCCAAGAAAGACAUCAGGGUGUGGCACACGCUGUCCAACAGGGAGCUGCUGCGGAUCACUGUACCCAACAUGACCUGCCACAGCAUUGAUUUCAUGAGAGACGGCAAGAGCAUCAUUUCGGGAUGGGACGACGGGAAAAUCCGAGCUUUCGCCCCAGAGACAGGCCGGUUGAUAUAUGUCAUUAACAAUGCCCACAAGACUGGAGUGAUGGCCAUCGCCACCACCAGUGACUGUAAAAGGGUCAUCAGCGGUGGUGGGGAAGGGGAGGUACUGUUCUUAAAGGUGAGGGUGUGGCAGAUAGGCUGCCAGACCCAGAAGCUGGAGGAGGCUCUGAAGGAGCACAAGUCGUCUGUGUCCUGCAUUCGGGUGAAGAAGGACAACGAGCAGUGUGUCACCACCAGCACGGAUGGGACCUGCAUCAUUUGGGACCUUGUGCGUUUUAGGAGGAAUCAGAUGAUCCUGGCCAACACCUUAUUCCAGUGUGUUUGUUACCACCCUGAAGAGUUUCAGAUCAUCACCAGUGGGACAGACAGAAAGGUUGCCUACUGGGAAGUAUUUGAUGGGUCAGUGAUCAGAGAGCUGGAAGGUUCCUUGUCUGGGUCAAUCAAUGGCAUGGAUAUCACACUGGAAGGAGUGCACUUUGUCACAGGUGGUAAUGACCAUCUGGUCAAAGUUUGGGAUUAUAAUGAAGCUGAAGUGACUCACGUCGGGGUGGGACACAGCGGUAACAUUACCCGCAUCCGGAUAAGUCCAGGAAACCAGUACAUUGUUAGUGUAAGUGCCGACGGAGCCAUUCUGAGAUGGAAGUGCCCCUUUGCCUCAUAAGCUGCAGGCACAUCCCGGGUGCCGGGCGCUGCCCACAGUUCUAUUGAA